CUGGUUUGGGCCAGGAGAGCUACAGAGCUGGAUGAUGGACGGGAAAAUGGUCACAACGAGAUCAACUACAAUGACAUUUGCCAAGGAUGAACAGAAUCACAUCAACUCUCCUAACCGGUACUUAGCUUGGGCAAGCAGCCCUACAUCAGCAGUGGAGUUGUCUGGGUUGGACCCACAAGCUUCAAUUCCAGAGUCCCAGUUGGCACUGAAAAAUGAUGUGGAGCUUAUCAGAGCUCAGCUUCAUGCCCAAACAGAGGCUUUUCAAGCACUGAGCCACUCAAUUACUUUGUUAGAGCAAGAGAGCAGCUAUCAGCAGGGUAGGAUCAAUGCACUGGAAGAGGAAGUAAAAUUUGCUGCCCACUUAUCCCGUGGAGAGAUGUUUGAUGAGCUAAUACAGAAAAAAAUCCAAGAGCUUUGGAAAACCAUGUCCAAAGAGGUAGAAGGGCUUCAGAGUUCCAUGGUCCAGAAACAAAGUUCAAUGGAGAAUCUAUCUCAAGAUGUCCUUGAGAGCAAAAAAUUCCUUUGGGAAGAGUUGGAAUCAGUUCAGGGUGAACUGCGGCGCAUCCAUCAAAAACUGAAGGACCAGGAGGUCGAUAUCACUAGAAACCUUGUCAGCGUUAAGAAAAUGCAAGAGAAUCAAAUGAAGUGCACCAAGUUCCUGACCCAACUGAGGGGUAAAAUCUCGGAUGAUGCCCUAGAAGAGAAAGAUCAUAAACCAGGAACUGAAGAGCUGAAUGAAAUCUGGUCAGCCGUCAACACUUUACGCAACUCCAUUAUGAACAACAGCACAUGGAGUGAGAAGAGGAAUUCUUCAAGAAUGAAAGAUCGAGGGAGCCGACAACAGCGAAAAACUAAUUUGGUUGAUUCCAAUUUCUCUGACUUUGUCCUCUAUCAGCAUGGAAAAUCUAACUCACCUAGUUCCAGUCUCUCUGCUCUCCAUCAGCAUCGCCGCAGUAGCUCAGAGCACAGUUCCUAGAAGGGCAAGGUAUGGAAGGAGAGUCAAGAUCCUAGAAAGAAGCUGGGACAUUUUGGAGCUGAAUUUUUGACAGUGCAGAUGAAAUUAAAUCAAACUGCUUGGAAGAGACUUGGUUUGGACAUCACUGUGAUAGAAAACUGCCUUAGAGUAAAUCGGACCAUUGAUCUAUCUAGAUUAGUAUUACCUACUUGAAAUAACUGGCAGUGGAUCUUCAUGUUUUCAGACCAGAAACUUUCCUGGUUUCACCUAGAGAUACCAAAGGGAUGGAAAUAAAAACCAAGCCAAUAACAAUGACUAGCCAAUAACCGAUAAUUGCAGCUCCUCAUCUGUGGCUUACCUCUGCUCUACAUUUAUCUAUUAAAUACAGUGUCGCUUCAGGCAAGUUGUAAAUUUUAGGCCUGAAUGAACAAGCAGCUCACUAAAGCCCCAGAAAAAGAAACAAAACUACUAAUAAUCAAGUAAUCCCGCAUAAUAUAGAUUUAGCAAUCCAUUCUGUCAUUUCUAAAUUUUAUAUUCUAAGACUAGAAAUUUGAAAUAAAAUAAUUCUUUGCCAGUAUCAUGAGGUAUCCUGCAUCAGAUGACUUUGGUCUUGGAAGGCUUCUUGAGACUGGUCCUUCCAUUUUGGAAAAUGCCCACUCCCUCACCAGAGGUGGUAAUGACCAGGUGGUAAUGACAGGUUCUGA